AUGAGUUCCAGCGAUGGCCAAAGCUGGCUCAGCCAGCUUGUGUGCGCGACGGCCGCUUUGGGCGGGGUGGCCUGUGCUGCUGUUUUUGCGAGGCGAGCACAGAGAGUUUCCAAAGCUCGUGGACAUUUGCAGGCCCUGCUCAAUGCUUCAGCAGGGACAGAUGCCCGCAUUGUCAUAACUGGAGCAAGCAGUGGGAUUGGCCAAGAAAUGGCGCAACAGCUGCUUAGACAUCCUUCCGUGACCUUGCUUCUGGGUUGCAGGGACAAGAAGAGGACUGAGGCAGUUUUUCGAAAGCUGAAGGAUCGCACCAAGGUCCACCGUUUGGACUUGCUCGACCCGGACUCUGUGCAGGCUUUUGCCGAUGAGGUGCAUUUGUUCCUGAGGGAGGGCCAGCCUGGACUUCGGAUGCUCGUAAACAACGCGGGCGUUAUGCGGCCACCAGCGAGUGGGAAAG